CCUAUUUUUUGAAGAAGUGACUCUGGAUCCUUCUAAAGACACAUUUUUGGGGUAAAAACCUUUCCUUUAAUGAAAUGAAGUUUAGAACUAGGCUUUCAAAUUGUACCAAUGUUGGUGGGAAGUGGACGUUUGAUAAGUGCUUGUCGCGGAAGGUGCGAUUUAUUUGAUGCCGAGUGUAUAUUAGUAAAACGACCGUUACCAAUAGACUAUGAUUCACCUUGUGCAAAUGUGCGUCCCGAAGAUGAUACAGUAUCAACAAGUUUGCCUGCUAAUCAACGUAGUGUUUUGGUUACGCCGCCAGUGUGCUUAGAAAAGGAUAAAGAUACAGAAAUAAGGAUAUAUUUAAGUAGACAAGAUGGAUGUAAAGAAGGAUAUGCCGGUCUUCUUUGUGAUGUAUGCGCUGAUAACUACUUUGGAGACCCUAUUAAAAGAACCUGUGAAAAAUGCGAGUGUAAUGAUAAUACUGAUAUUACAAAACCUGGUAACUGUGAUCCUUAUACUGGUAAAUGUUUACAAUGCUUACACAUAAUACAGCAGGUGACCAUUGUAAAGUUUGUCAAGAAGGAUAUUACGGUAAUGCAGUCGAAAAAGCUUGUUAUAAGUGUAACUGCUCUGUUCUUGGAACAAACUUUACCAGAGGAAAUUGUGAUGGUAUCACAGGUCAAUGUCCAUUGUCCAUGUUUCAACAAUGUUAAAGGUGUAAAUUGUGAUCAAUGCACAGAUAAUCACUGGCGAAUAGCAGUGGGAACAGGGUGUGACCCUUGUGAAUGUGAUCCUAUAGGAUCUUUAUCACCUCAAUGUAAUCCCUAUAUUGGAAAAUGUGAUUGUAAACCUGGUCAUGGAGGAAGACAAUGCGAUCAGUGUCAGGAAAAUCACUGGGGUGACCCGAAUUUGGAAUGUCAUGAAUGUGAAUGUGACUUACGUGGAUCUAUAUCACAACAAUGUAUGAGAGAAAAUGGAUCAUGUAUAUGUAAGCCUGGUAUUGGCGGAUACAAUUGUGACUUAUGUGCUCGAGGUUACCUUGGAGAAGCUCCCGAUUGCUACGCCUGUGGAGAAUGUUUCGAUAACUGGGAUCGCCUUAUUAAUGAUUUACGUAUCCAAACUGAUUAUGCUAUCGGAAAUGCCAGCAAAAUAAAAGUCGUAGGUGCUACAGGUGCUUACACUAGAGAUUUUGAUGAAAUGACUAAGAAGUUAGCGGAAGUAGAAAACAUGCUUCAAAGCGCUAAAAUGGGGCAAACAACAGUUAAAGACCUUUUAUCAAAUAUCAGUAGCUUACAAGAUCAACUAACGUCAGUAGAACAUAAAGUUAAAGAUGCCAAUGAUAAUCUCAAUGACAUAACAUCAAAAAUCAAUUUAGGCAACGUCACAUUAGAUGGACUAAGAAACAACAUUCAAAACUUGAAAGGUAAGACCAUUGAACUUGGCAGCAAUGCAACGAAAUUGCAAGAGGCCAAUCUAGACGGCGCCCUAAACUUAACUAGAGAAGCAAAACAAAUAGCUGUCAAAGCAUCAGAUGAAGCAGAAGGAGUACAAACAAUAAUUGCUAAUACCGAUAGGCAAAUCAAAAAUACAGACAGGUUAAUUGAAUUGCAGUAUACAAACUUUAAUAAUACACAAAAUGAAAAUGAUAAAAAGCUAGAUGAUAUUCAGAGUCAACUAUCAGAUCUGGAAUCACAUUUGCCUAAGCUAAACGAAAAAAUGUGUGGUCAAGAAAGUGAUAGCUGUGACAUUUGUGGAGGCGCCGGUUGUAGAAAAUGCGGCGGAAUAUCUUGUGACCAAGGAGCUGUUACAAAAGCGGAACAAGCAUUAGAUUUUGCCAAUAAAACUGAACACAGAAUCAAAGAACAUGAAUUAACAGCAGAAGACCUAUUUAGAUCAGUUUCGCAAGUAAAACAAGAUGCCAUAGUGGUUCGUUCAAGAGCAAACGACUUAUUUAAUAGAGCUAACGAUUUCAAAUCAUCAGCUGAACGCAUAACCAAUGAAAGUUUAGAACUUACUUCCGAGUUAAAACAGCUCUUAUCGAAUACAUCUAACACUCCGGCCGAUGUAAGGACUUUAGCGCAAGAUAUACUCAAAUUAUCUAUUAGCAUAGAACCCAAAGAAAUUACUGAAUUAUCACAUCGAAUUAACUCUACUGUAUCGCAACUAACAAAUAUAGAAAACAUCAUAAUUGAAACAAAGCCAGACUUAGAAAGAGCCAAAGCGUUAAAACUGAAUGCUACUGUGGUGAAUCAAUCGGCAAAUCUGACAUUAAAAAUGGCUAAUAAAGUUUUGGAGGCUUUGGAUGAAGCUCAAGCUGCACAAAAUGCUGCAGAAAAUGCAAUUAACAAAGCUAAGAGUGACAUUGAUGCAGCCAAAGCAGAUUUAGUUCCAAUAGCUAUGGAGACAGAGCAAGCACAAAAGAAAGCGAAUGAAACAAAAGAUGCAGUUGAAGGCCUACGACUCCGUCUUUCAGGUUUACAGAAAGAUAUCCUAAAAAUAGAAAGUGAUGCAGAAUAAGUCAAGCAGGAGGCAAACGAUGUCGUUAAUAGAGCUGAAAUGGCCGAACAAAAGGCAAGACAGCUUAGACAAGACUUCAAACAGACUAACAUGUCCCUUGCAGAGCGCGCAAGUCAGACAUCAAAUUCUAGAGAGCGAGCGCAGCUUUUACUAAACCGUGCUACAAAACUCGCUAGCGAGACACAGUCGCAACUUAAAGUGCUAGCUAACAAGACAUGGAAGAGCUGUAUAACGAUCAUAACGCCCAACUUAACACU